CAUCCCGCGAAAAACAAAUAUGGCGCCAGUGGCUAUCAAAUUUGUUGUUUCUUUUUCUUCACAGGACGACCAUCACAAGGUGCAGAAUCUUGUUGGAGGAGAUGGUUUUAAGAAGUGGUUGUCUCACCCUAAAGAGAAGUCAGGGCAGAUACAAGCAAUCUUUCAGCUUGAGGAACCCAGUCAGUUAGCCUACAUUGAUAUUGGCAGUCAGUGGUGUGGAAGCAUUGAGAUCAAAGUGGGUAAUUCUGACUGGCCUCAGAACAUGCUGUACAGAACUCUGGUCCCUACCUCAAGCCUGAUGACUCCAGUGGAAUGCAAGAUGGGACAGGGCAUUGUCAAGACGAGGAUGUUCUCUGCAGAGAACUUUGCACCUGGAGUAGCGGCUGAAAAGUGGGAUCGAGUCCAGGUGACCUGCCGGCAGCCUUAUCGUAAAGAUGUCCAAUAUGGUCUCUCCUUUGUGAGGAUCCGAGCAGCAGGUGGCAAGAUAAAAACAUCGGAUGGGAACGAGGAUGGUCCUCAUUUGGAGUUUCGAGAUAAAACAAGCUCAGUGGCAUCCAUUCAGAAGCACUUCUUUGGAUCAUCAAUAAACAAACAAAGUGCUUCUCCCGAUGUUGUAAAGUCUCGUCUCAUGAAGUUGGCUGGGUCCUCGGAGGGUGGGGUUGAAAUGGACGGGGCAUUGUCCAGAACGGCCAAGCUUGUAAUGGCAGCAUCAGAGAAUGCUGGCAAAUACAGCCCACAAGUCAGGGCAGGUCCAAGCAAAUCUGCCAGGGCUUCGCUUUUCUCUGAACAUCUAACACAGAAAUAUGGUUCAACUUUUGAAGAAGAACUGUGCGAGUUCUUAAGCUCAAUACAGAUGGAAAACAUUGAUUUGGACAAGGUGACUAUUGCAGAUUUGAGCCAUAAAUUUGAAAAAUUGAAGAAGCGAAAGCUAAGUCAAGAUGAGAAGAAACUGUUCAAGCAGCAGUGUGGGGACCAUAUCUGUGGCUUGUUUGACAAAGCCGAAACACAGAAUAGCACACAAGAGUUGUCUCCCCUUGCAUCUUCUUCUCGGUGUCAAGAAAGAGACAGUUCUAAUUCUUUUUCACCCAAAAGUUACAGAAAAUCAACAGAAAAGACACAUACAACACCAUCAGGUUGUAAAAGAAAGCUUGAAAAUGAAAAUGAAUUUUCUCGGACUCCAAAAAGUCUCAGGACACAGGGGUUUAAACCUAACCUACACACUUCCAACUCGUCCAAGUCAACCUUACUUCCCCAAACAAGUCUAAUUUCCCAUGUUCAAAAGACAUUUCAGCAAGAAGACAAUCUGAGCAAUGGCCAUUCUCCCAAAAGGCUGCCAUUUGCAUCAAAAGCACUUAAUACAAGUGUCGGUGCUGGUGAUACAAUCGGAACUCCGAAAACAAGGAAGAGAAGUAGGAAUGUUAAGGACGUUGGAGUUGACCGAGUUGAUACAUGUGAUCAGUGGUUGUCUAAGGACAAGGGGAAGGUCAGUGCUAGUGAGUCAGUGACAAACUCCACACAAGCUGGUUCUAAUCCCGGUACACCAAGACCCUCGGGUUCAACUAAAGCUACAAGAGCAGAAACAACACCUAGGCUGUCUGCAGCUUCUGGAGCUUCCCAAACCCCAGGAAAUGGAGGACGUAAAAAUAAAUGUGGAGGAAAUAUAUCUAGACGAUCGAACCAAGACUCAGGUUACGGUGACUAUGUCAGCUGUCCGUCAUGUAAAGGUAAUGUUCCAGAACGUAUAUAUUCCCAGCAUGCCCGGACCUGUAACAUGGGACAAGAGUGGUCUACAGCUGCACCAACAUCUCCCAGCAGAUACACACAAGCACCUGUCGAUGAUGCCUACACUGUCGUAGAUGACAGCGCUGACUCCGAUGUUGUCUUCACACAUGAUGCAGAGAGCUUUGUGGAGUGUCCCCUGUGUGGAGACUGGUUCCCAUCAGAUGUUAUUACAGUUCAUGCUGAUGUGUGCGCUACUGCCAUGGAGUUUGCAUGAUGUGAUAAUUGGUGAUGGAUAUAUGCUGUAUACCAUAGCAAACUGUGAUAUGUCAUUUACACAUCAUUCAAUGAUUUUCUUACUCGAAAUAUUUUGAUUACUACUUGGGCUGUAUUGAACUGUAUCCAUUCAUGAAUUCAAUUUGUUAUUCGCAAAUAAAAUAUUCUGUUUUUCCUUGAA